ACCUAGCAAGGUUCAUGUUACCUAUAUAUAUGCAUAUUAAUAGUUUAGCUGCUCAAAGUGCAGGCACCUAGCUAGCUCCUCAUACAAACUUGACUUCUCACAAGGAGGUCUUCUCUCUCUCUAUCUCUCUAGCUUGGGGACUAGGUAACAAAUUCAGCCAUGUCAGGAGAGCUAGGAGUGCUAAAUGCACUUGAUGUGGCCAAGACACAAUUGUAUCACUUCACUACAAUUGUGAUUGCUGGAAUGGGAUUCUUCACUGAUGCAUAUGAUCUUUUCUGCAUUUCCCUUGUCACAAAGUUGUUAGGGAGAAUAUAUUACACUGAACCAAAUCCAACAAGACCAGGAACACUUCCACCAAGUGCUCAAUCAGCUGUAACUGGUGUUGCACUUGUUGGAACACUAGCAGGCCAAUUAUUCUUUGGUUGGCUUGGCGACAAACUUGGUAGGAAAAAAGUCUAUGGUUUAACACUUAUUCUCAUGGUGGUUUGUUCAGUUGCUUCAGGACUCUCUUUUGGAUCAAGUCCAAAGAGUGUUAUGGCAACACUUUGUUUCUUUAGGUUUUGGCUUGGUUUUGGUAUUGGUGGUGAUUACCCUCUUUCAGCUACAAUCAUGUCUGAAUAUGCUAACAAAAAAACUAGAGGUGCAUUUAUUGCUGCUGUUUUUGCCAUGCAAGGUUUUGGUAUCUUAGGUGGUGGAAUUGUUGCUUUGACUGUGGCUUCUAUAUUUGAUCACAAAUAUAAGGUUCCUACCUUUGAAGAAAAUCCAGCUGCAUCAUUGUUAGUGCCUCAAUUUGAUUAUGUUUGGAGACUUAUUCUUAUGUUCGGUGCUCUUCCAGCUGCAUUGACGUACUACUGGCGAAUGAAAAUGCCAGAAACAGCUCGUUACACGGCUCUUGUUGCUAAGAACGCGAAACAAGCUGCUGCGGAUAUGUCUAAGGUGUUGCAAGUUGAACUUGAAGUUGAAGAGGAGAAGGUAGAAAAAAUGACUAGUGAUAAAAGGAAUAGUUAUGGCUUGUUCAGCAAGCAAUUCGCAGCACGACAUGGUUUGGCUUUGUUUGGAACAUGUAGUACAUGGUUUUUGUUGGAUAUUGCUUUCUAUAGUCAGAAUCUUUUCCAAAAGGACAUUUUUAGCGCAAUCGGAUGGAUCCCUCCGGCAAAAGAAAUGAAUGCAAUUCAUGAGGUUUACAAGAUUGCAAGAGCACAAACACUUAUUGCGUUGUGCAGUACUGUUCCGGGUUACUGGUUCACAGUAGCGUUUAUCGAUCACAUGGGUCGUUUCGCUAUUCAAAUGAUGGGAUUCUUCUUCAUGACUGUUUUCAUGUUUGCACUUGCCAUACCAUAUGAUCAUUGGAGCAAGGAAGAGAAUAGAAUUGGGUUUGUUGUAAUAUACUCACUCACAUUCUUCUUUGCUAAUUUUGGUCCAAAUGCUACGACAUUUGUUGUACCGGCAGAGAUUUUUCCGGCUAGGUUAAGGUCUACCUGUCAUGGAAUCUCAGCUGCUGCAGGAAAGGCAGGAGCAAUUGUUGGUGCAUUUGGAUUCUUGUAUGCUGCACAAAGUAAAGAUCCUACCAAGACCGAUAAAGGGUACCCAACCGGUAUUGGGAUUAAGAACUCUCUUAUCAUGCUUGGUGUGAUCAACUUUGUUGGGAUGUUAUGCACAUUACUUGUUCCGGAAUCAAAGGGAAAAUCGUUGGAAGAGUUAAGUGGAGAGAAUGAGGGAGAAGGUGCCGAGGCCACUGAGCAAGAAGGAUCAAGGGUUUAAACUGCAGUCACAGUCAUAAAUACCGGUGCAUAACAUGAAUUAAUUUUAUAUUUGCAACAUGUUUUUAAAAUCUUAAACCUUCUAUUUUUCCACUCCAUAGGUUAUCAAUUAAGUAUUAUUAUUUUGUGUGAUUCUACUACUUUGGAAUAUAAGAAGAUUGAAAAGGAAUUUCUGUGAGCCCUAUAUAUAAACCCUAAACCCUAUGUUUAUUGCCUAUUGGUACCCACUGUACUUUGCGGCUGUUGUGAAGAUCAAGUUAUAAUUGCUAGGAUAGUUUCUAUUUGGUUCAUGUUAGUUUUCAACAAAGUGAUUUCAAUUAUGUUGUUUGAACACUUUAAACUAGUUAUUGGUUGUUGUAUUCACAAUAAUGAUGUAGUUCUAUGCUUCUUGGUGCAUGAACAAAUACUACAUAAAGUGUAAGCCCUUGGUUGUAAUUGUAUUUUAGGAAAUAUUUACUAUUUUGUAAUUGAUUUUAGCCUUUGUUUGAGAUUGAGAUAACAUGUAUUUACUUUCCUUUCUCA